AUGGCUAGAGGCACAGAUAUUAAAGUAUUGACUCCAGAGGAAAUCGAAGGAGUUAGAAAAGCCUGUAAAAUUACUCGUGAAGUUCUCGAAAUUGCAGCCAAGGCAAUCCGUAUCGGUAUAACUACUGAUGAAAUUGAUCGUAUUGUUCACGAAGCUACUAUUGAACGUGGUGCCUAUCCUUCCCCUUUGAACUAUAGCUAUUUCCCUAAAUCAUGUUGCACUUCUUUAAAUGAAGUUAUUUGUCACGGUAUACCUGAUCAAAGACCUUUGCAGGAUGGUGAUAUUCUUAAUAUCGAUGUUAGUUGUUUCUAUAACGGUUUUCAUGGUGAUAGUAAUGCUACUUACCUUGUUGGUAAUGUUGAUGAAACAGGUAAAAAAUUGGUUGAAGUUACACGUGAAUGUUUGGAAAAGGCUAUUGCUGUUGUCAAGCCCGGUAUGAGAUAUCGUGAUUUUGGUAAAAUUAUUGAAGAUCAUGCAACCAAACAUGGUUUCUCAGUUGUUCGUUCUUUUGUUGGUCACGGUAUUAAUCAAUUAUUCCACUGUGCACCUAAUGUUCCUCAUUAUGCAAAUAAUAAGGCUAUUGGUGUCUGUAAACCAGGUCAUGUCUUUACUAUUGAACCAAUGAUUUGUGAAGGCGUUCAUCAAGAAGUUCUCUGGCCUGAUGGCUGGACUGCUACAACUAAAGAUGGUAAACGUUCUGCUCAAUUUGAACAUACUCUUCUUGUUACUGAAACUGGUGUUGAAAUUUUGACUUAA